AUGCCUAAGAGGGAUGCCCAAAGACGUCUCAAUCCAAACAUGAAGGAGGUGGUAAGGAAAGAGGUAAUGAAGCUUUUAGAUGUUGGUAUUAUUUACCCUACAUCUGAUAGCAAAUGGGUGAGCCCAGUGCAAGUUGUCCCCAAGAAGUCAGGUAUCACAGUGGUGAAGAAUGAAGCAAACGAGCUUGUACCUACACGGGUGACCACGGGCUGGAGAGUUUGCAUUGAUUAUAGGAAGCUCAACACAGCAACAAGCAAAGAUCACUUCCCUCUUCCAUUCAUUGAUCAGAUGCUUGAGAGAUUGGCUGGCCAUAGCCACUAUUGCUUCCUUGAUGGAUAUUCAGGCUACAACCAAAUCGCCAUAGCCCCAGAGGAUCAAGAGAAGACGACCUUCACAUGUCCCUUUGGCACUUUCGCUUAUAGGAGGAUGCCUUUUGGUCUCUGUAACGCCCCAGCCACUUUUCAAAGGUGCAUGAUGAGCAUUUUCUCCGACAUGGUAGAAAGGUUCAUUGAGGUAUUCAUGGAUGACUUCUCUGUCUUUGGUGAUUCUUUUGAUCAAUGCUUGCAUAACUUAUCCAAGGUGUUAGCUAGAUGUGAACAGACUAACCUUGUGCUUAAUUGGGAAAAAUGUCAUUUUAUGGUUAACCAAGGCAUAGUUCUUGGUCAUGUCAUGUCUAGUAAAGGAAUCGAGGUAGAUAAAGCUAAAGAUUGA